CGGAGCCAAUUACCUGAAAGAAGGGGAAGUUCCGGGGUGUUUCCGUCUGGAUUUUGUAGUGAAGGGUCAGAAACUUUCCAAGUGUUUGACUGUUAAAGUUUGUUUCGGGCUUUCCCGUUCCCAAGGAUAAAAUAAACUUUUUGGCAGUAGAUAAAGUUUAAGUUUAAAAAAAGAAGUUUGGAGUUUCUGUCUGGAAUUGGCUCAUUUUGCUAGAAGUGCCACCUGGAGACAGAGUGAGCUGUUGGAAAGGCUCCAGUUGAGAGUGAGUGAGAGGGGGAGGGAUUUUUUUUCUCUCUUCGGGGAGUGUUUGCCAGAAAGACAGAUCCUGGGAGAGGAUGGAGCGUUCACUGCUGCUGCUGCUUCUGGUGGUCAGUUGGGGACUGAUUUUGGGACGUGUCGUGAAAGUCCCAUCGGGCCAUCUGUACCGUGUUGUUGGAACUCCAGUCAGCAUUCCGUGUAACGUCAGUGAUUAUCAAGGGCCGGCUGAACAGAACUUUGAUUGGUCUGUGACCCGCGCAAACGAACACUUUAGGAUUGUCAGCACGUUGGAACCUGAAUUUUCAGAUGCUGAAUACAAGGAGAAAAUCCAGAAGAAGGAAAUUUGGGUGGAGAGACUUAGUGACAACUCUGUUGAGCUGCACUUCGAGAGUGUCCAGUUUGAGGAUGAUGGGAGAUAUCAAUGCCAGACCCCUAGCACAGACGAAAAUAGUUCUGGAAAUUAUGAUGAUAGUGUAUUUUUGCAGGUGAUCCCAGAUGGACUGACUGUAUCACCUAGAAGGUCCCGAAGUGCAAAGCCUGCAAGUUACAUGGAAGGGAAAUCACUGGAACUUCAGUGUGUUGCGAGGACAACUUCAUCUGUUUCUACUCGUGUCUCUGUCACAUGGCAGUUAAAAGUGAAUGGCAGCAAGAGUCGAGACAUUCUGUCAUUCACUGAAGACAGUUGGAUUCAGCCUGGUGGCUUGUACAAGAAUAGGUAUCAGAGUGGUGAUGUUAGAAUGGGAAUAGAAACAAAUGGUAUCUUCAAAUUAAUCAUAACCAGUUUGCGACCUGAGGAUGAUGGUGUUUACUCCUGCGUAGCAGCAGAAUGGGUCAAAGAAGAUGGCUCCAAAUGGAAACAGAUUCAAGAAAAAAAUACAGAUAUUGCAGUGAUAGAAGUGCAGCAGUUGGCCCAGACAUUAAACGUCUCUACGAUCGGUCAGAAGCUCACUUUGAAUAAAGGUGAUGAAAUUGACCUCAUCUGCAACGUAACAGGAGUUGAAGACACGCAGACAGUUGAAGUUUCCUGGUAUUUCAGCACAUCUGCAGCAAAGCAUCCUCCAAGUGAUAAGGUUCUAGUGAGCUUGAACCGGGCAGCAGUGGUGAGCGAUACUGUCUUUGUCACAUUGAGCAAGAUUAGUAGCAGUGAGUACCGACUGAGAGUGCGACAAAUUGACGAAACAGACAGUGGAUAUUACUACUGUAUAGCCUCGAUCUGGGUUCCGUAUACCAGUGAGAUUUGGCACAAAGCAGCAGAGGGAACGUCCAGUCCAAUUGGUGUCAUUGUUGGUAUUUUAGAUCCUACAUACACUGUUCAGCUAAACUCCAUCAAGGUACCUAGUUCCACAGGGGAAUCGGCUGAGCUUGAGUGCCGGGUGUUGGACUUACAAAACGCAGAUGAUGCAAAGCUGACUGUAGCCUGGUAUGUCAGCCCAAAACAGCUCAAUGGAACUCCAGAAGUGACUGUGCCUAUAGCAACCAUGGAUCAGGAUUGGACCCUACAAUUGUUUGAUGAAUAUAUUGAACGUGCAGAAAAAGGAGAGCUCAUAUUUAUGAAAACUGAGCUACAUACUUUCAAGUUUCAGAUGCAACAGGCUCUAGCCUCUGAUAGAGGAAAGUAUUUUUGCAAUGUUACUGCCCAGGUUAAACAACGAGGUAACACAUGGUUGAAAAAACAAGAAGUCUCUUCAAUUGCCAUUGAUAUUGACUGGAAAACAGAAGAUCCAAGCCUGAGUAUUACAGCAAUAGAGGAGAAACCAGUAUCCACACGAGGAAACACUUUUGAGAUGAUCUGUAGUGUUUCUGCAGAGCAUGUUGAAGUCCCCCAUUACUCUGUGGCUAUAGCAAUGAAUGAACCAGCUUUUACGGACGCACGAUACAGCAAAAAACUUAUUUCGUUGACUCGGGACUCGGUGGUCAAACUGGAGAGAUGGGAUGACAAGGACCGAUCGGAGGAUGUUGUUCUGGAAAAAGUUGGUGAUGAUGAGUUCCGUUUCCGUCUGUACAGGACUCAGUUUUCUGAUGAGGGAUCAUAUUACUGUAUUGUGCAGGCUUGGGCUCCAGAUACAAAUGGGCAGUGGUCUGAAAUAGUUGCAAAUUCAUCCAACACUGUUGCUGUUGCCUUUAAAACUGCAGCUCCUCGGUUUAAUGUGACUUUACAAUCUGAGAAGCCUCAUGUCUUCCAAGGCGAGACUGUGGAAAUGAAUUGCACUGUUGAUCUAUCGGACGUACCUAACAACUCAGAUGUCUUGUAUGAAGUCGAAUGGUUUGUGACCCAACAGUUCUCCAAUGACACAAGCCAACGUCCUCUGCUGUCGAUAGAUCAAAGGUCAGUGGUGACCCAUCUGAAAGCCAAUACUGAUAUCAGCGUUGAACGAAUCAGCAUGCACGAAUUCAGUCUACGACUACACUGUUCUGAGAAGACGGUUGCUGGGGAUUAUCUUUGCAAAGUCACACCUUGGGUAAAAUCAGAGACUGGAACAUGGCAGAAAAUGCCUCCACAACAUUCUGAUUCUCUUUCCGUACGCGUUGAUGUUUCAGUGCUGGAUUCCUUCAAAAUGCCUUUGAUAUAUGGGAUUGGUAUUGCUAUAUUAAUUGGAUUUCUCACCUGUGCAAUUGGUUACUGUUCUUCUCGCUAUUGCUGUGGGGAGAGAACGGCACAAAGAUAUGAGCAACACAAAUUAAUAUCGAUGGCCACAGACUGAGGUGACAAUCUCUUGCAGUGUCGGAGGAGUGACCAUUGGAUAAACUGCCUAAACUCUGCAAAUUUUCGGGAAAAGAAAAGCAGAUGUUCAAGACGUGUUUUGUUUUAAGAAUGUUAACGUGCAAUGAUUGUAAUUUUCUUCUUUUUUAAAAGCCAUUUUCAAAUAUUCAAGUGGGGUACAAACACUUUGUGUGGGAAUGUCACUGUGAUUUUGUUAAUUAUUUUUCAGUGGAAUGAGUGAUACUGUGGAGAUACUGCAGUAUUCCUCAACAUCUGCCCAUCUCUAUUGACAGAAGAUCUAACUCCAGCUGCAUUUCCUUGGUUUCUGCUGGUCAGUCACCAUUCCUGUGAUUUCAGAUUAUUGAUCAAUUUGGGGUGUAACUUGAAUAUUAUUGCCUUGAAUGGCAAUAGGAAUGAGAGUUCAUACUGUGAAAUGCAAGUUCUAAAUUACAGUGAAAUAUUGAUUCAAGCAGAGAGCCAAGUUUUACCAUUUUCGUUUUUUUUCUAAACAAGUCCUGAAGCCAAUAAAAUAAGCAGUCUUUGAUUCUGAUGGAGACUGGCUUGAAAAGGAGACUGGUGCCAAGCGCUAAAAUGGGCUGCAGCACAAGUUUUCUUUGGGAGUGUUUAAAGGGAGAGGCAGUAGUUCCAUUAUAUACAAUGUGUUCUCGAGACACUAUUGAGAGAGAAUAAUUGUGCAAUUGUUUAUUGCUGUCUUUGAACAUGCACAAGUUGAAAUUUACUCGCGUGGGUAUUGAUCUUGCCAUGGUUCACUCCAAUACAGUGCAUUUCUGUCUGAUCUUAGUGUGAAAGAUCUGCUUUCAGAACAGUAUAGUUUGCUGUUUAAGUUAAGAUAUUGCAAUUAAUGUAGCUUUAAAAAAAAAUAAAAACGCAGUCUAAACUGUUGCCUGCUGCUGGUUUGACAUUGGUGCAGGUAGGUUGGGGCAGGUAGUUCAGUGUGGGAUGAUAUCACUCAGUAAAUCACUUUGUAUAUUUGCUGCAUAUGAGACACCUUUUUUGAAAGACAAAAAAAGAUACAAAAGAAUUCAGCUGAUGAAAAGGCUUGUUUCUCAACAGAUCAUGAGACAUUGAAUGUAAUGUAUUUAUCAGUUCUGGGUAAAGCCAGUUCUGUGGAACACCAUUUUAUCUCUGGUCAAGUGCUACUACCAACACAUCCUUCCAGUUUUACUGCAGUGUUGAUGCUGGAACUGAGGGAAGAGACUUGAUGAGAAAUCUCAUUGUCUUUUCCAUCUGUUUUGCACACUGAGUGGGGAAUCGGAUCACCAGCUGUACAGUGUUGACCUCCUGUAUAACUCAGCUCAAUUUGGUGCUCUGAGGAAAAUUGAAAUUGAGUGAAGAGGCCUAUUGCUGUAUGUCUGUCCCUGUUAGCACCACUGAGGAUUUUCCUUUGGGCCUAGCUGGGAAGAAAGCUCCUUCACCACUUCAUGUUACUGAUGGAAAUAGAUAAGGUCCAGGAAAUGUACUCAAAUUUGUUUCAUUUUGUCACUAUUGAUGCUGAUUUUAAUGAUUGCUUUUAAGAGGGAUCACUGUUGAGAUUCACUGGUAGCAUUGCAAGGCUUAUUGGAACUGCUUUAGGAGGGAGUAGGCCCGCUGAAAGGAGCCUCUCCUUCCUGUUUAGGCCCAUAAUCUUGCCCACUGUAGAACUAUGAUUGACUGUGAGCAGUGGCUGGCUCCCCUUCGCAGGCAGUCUCUUUGCUCUGGUCUACAUCACAGAACAGCACAAUCCCUUUAAAAUGACAGUCCUUCCUCUACAGGUAAUGAUCUUGCCUGAAAAUCCAGACCUGACCUUUUUGUGUUUAUUUGUGGAGCAGUAUACUGGCCUCUCACUUGCAGAUAAGUGAAGCAUAUUUGCUAACCAUCUCAAUAGAAGAAAACAGACAAGUAUAAUGCAGUUCUUCUAUUGUCUCCAGCACACUUUUUUUAAGAAGAGCAUUAUCUUGUGUUUGACAUGUACAGACUGUUGUUCCGCAUAGGUUAGCGAACAAAUCAAGUGCCAAAGUCAUUUGAUGAAAAUGACCGUAACGCAACAAAGAUUCUUUUAAGCUGUUUAAUUGAGUGAUUGCGAUAAACUGACGUAAGAAAUCUUUUUUGCUUAAGAUUAAUAAAUAGUGUUUUUAUUUAAUAGCACUUAAACCUAUAACUGUAAUAACCUGGAUCCAUAACCACUGCCUGAGCUAUAAUUGUCCCCUUAAUUUCUCCGUUAGAAUUGUUUUUUUAACCCAAGGGAAUUGUACCUUCCUUCUAGAAAUUCAUGAAAGUGUGUACACUUGUGAAGGCAAUACAGUUACUGAUGUCUUGCGUAUUCAGAUUUUUUUGUCUUUACCUCCGAUUUCCAAAUUGUUCAAUUUUAUAUUUUGUUAAUUAUCAAGAUGAAUAAAUCAACUACCCAUCUUGAAACAUAGUACUGUUAGCAUGAACCUCCUGAAGAAUUCUGAAUACACUGGAAUCAAGAUCCAGGGCGAGUGUUUGAGAUAGUUAAAUUUCCCUCCACACCUUUUUUUAAAAAAAAAUCUGGAACUGAAGUCUUUUUUUAAGUGACCUUUGACAUUUUAUAGAAUAUGAUGUAAAGAUGUCUUUAUUUCUAUCACUUUUCUUUUGAGAAGGAACAUGAUAAAUCCUUAAGUUGAUUAGUUUUCAAAAUCAAGUCGAUUUUAGAAAGAGAUGCAGGAGUGUGGUGAUUGCAUCUUACAGGGUGGUGGAUGCUGAGUGGAUGGGAAGUGUUAAUUUGUUGAACCAUCUCUUCAUUUCUUUGUUUUAUUUAUUUUAAACUUCAGAUGACACUUAACAAUUGAAGUUUCUGUACCAAAUAGUGGUAGGUAGUCAUACUGAAAAAAAUUUACUUGGAAAGCUUUUUGUUGUCAGAAGUAUUAUGUACACUAGAGGUAUACACAGUCACUGUAAAAUUGGCCAUGUUUCCAAAUUAAAAAUGAUACAUGUUUCUGAUGGAAAACUGCUUGAUUUUUAAUCUUAAAACCAUGUACCCUCUCUCAUGCCUAGGCUUUGAGUAAAUUCCUGUUGAUAUGCAGUUUAGAAUUUAGGUAGGAUGCACUCCAUCACAUUCUAGUGCUCAAUUACAAAAACAUAAUUUUCCUGUAUUAUUACUUAAGAUAUUUUUAGUCUUUAAAGGAUCUGGUACUGACCUGUUGAGAAACAAUUUUGGGCUUCAAGAUUUUCUACAUUUUUUUUUUUUUAACACAUGGUUUAACCAAAAUUGUCAGUAACUUCAAAAUGUUUAAAUUAAAAUUCUUAAAACGUGCAAACUCUUAGGAACAUUUCAAGUUUUCUUUAAUUGUCUAAACUAAGUUGCAUUUUUUAAAUGUAUUGUACAUUAAAACACUUCAAACUU